AAAAACUUAAGUCACCCCCACCCCCACUACGACACACCCAAUCCGCCGCCCUUUACCCCCUUCCCCAUUUCUUGUAUCUGCAAUUUCAGCCCCCCACCCACCAUUACUUUACCCUGCAACUUACCCCUGUUGCCUCCCCCUCCCAAGCUAACUGUCGGCCACCACCUUCUCUUGCAUUCCCCUUCCGACCUUCCCUCCUCCAUCACUCUAGAAUUAAUAGAUGUGAUAAUUAAGAAUUUCUAUUCAAUAAAAUAUAAUUUCUAAUUUUUUUAUAAACAAAAUAUUUCUUUGACAGAAGCAAGAAGAGCAAGGCAGAGAAUGAACCCAGAGCAGCAAUCGCUUCUCCUUAGCUCUGCAUCUCGCUUUCCCAUACCCGCAGGAGCGAAAUUUUCGUACGGAACAUCGGGAUUUAGGGCGGAUGCAUCGUUGCUGGAAUCAACGGUAUUCCGCGUGGGGAUAUUGGCGGCUCUGCGGUCCAUCCAGACGAGGUCAGUGAUCGGGCUGAUGAUCACCGCUUCCCACAAUCAGGUUUCUGAUAAUGGUGUCAAACUGGCUGAUCCAUCUGGUGGAAUGCUCACUCAGACAUGGGAACCCUUCGCCGACACCCUUGCUAAUGCUCCAGACCACCAUUCCCUCCUCCAGUUGCUGGAUGAUUUCAUUAAGAAGGAAAACAUUAUACUUGAAGGAGCCCUUGCAGCGGAAGUUUAUUUAGGAAGGGAUACUAGGCCCAGUGGAGAGACUCUUCUUGAGGCCGCUAAACAAGGCAUAACUUCACUUAUGGGCACCACUGCCUCAGAUAUGGGAAUUGUGACAACUCCUCAACUGCAUUGGAUGGUUCGUGCAAAAAACAAGGGUAUUGAAGCAACUGAACUCAAUUAUUAUAACCAGAUGUUGACGUCCUUUAGGUGUUUGUUGGAUUAUAUUCCCCAAGGAGAUAGCACCAAAAAUGAGAGUGAUAAACUGAUUGUGGAUGGCGCUGAUGGGGUAGGAGGAGAAAAGCUUGAAAAUUUGAAGACGGGGUUAGGUUAUUUGACAAUUGAUGUUCGCAAUUGUGGUGAUGGUGUACUUAAUGAAGGCGUAGGUGCUGACUAUGUGCAGAAAGAGAAGAUGGUUCCUCGCAAUUUUGGCCCUGCUGAUGCUGGCAUGAGGUGUGCCAGUUUGGAUGGAGAUGCUGAUCGGCUCGUAUAUUUCUAUGUAUUAUCAAAUAGUAAUAAGAUUGACCUUGUUGAUGGGGACAAGAUAUUGUCUCUGUUUGCUUUGUUUCUCAAGGAGCAAUUAUGCGUUCUUACUGGACCUGAAGAUGGAAAGGCAUACAAUUCCUAUAAAGCUUCUCUUGGUGUGGUACAAACUGCUUAUGCUAAUGGUGCAUCCACUGAUUACCUGAAGCAGAUGGGACUGGAAGUUGUUAUGACUCCAACAGGAGUCAAGUACCUGCACGAAAAAGCUGCCGAGUAUGAUGUUGGCAUUUAUUUUGAGGCCAAUGGGCACGGAACUGUCUUGUUUUCAGAUGCUUUUCUAUCGUGGUUGGAGAUAAAAAACCAGGAACUUUCAUCAAUAUCAAAAGAUUCGGAUCAACAUAAGGCUGCUUUGAGAUUAUUGGCUGUAAGCAGAUUGAUUAAUCAGGCUGUUGGAGAUGCAUUAAGCGGAUUGUUUUUAGUGGAGGCUAUCUUGAAACAUAUGGGAUGGUCUAUUCAUAAAUGGAAUGAACUAUAUCAAGAUUUACCUAGUAGACAACUUAAGGUAAAGGUUGUUGACAGAACUGCAGUUACUACUGAAAAUGCAGAGACUAAAGUUGUGACCCCUGCUGGUAUACAAGAAGUUAUUAAUGCUGAAACUGUUAAAUACCAAAAAGGAAGAUGUUUCAUACGGCCUUCAGGAACCGAAGAUGUGGUAAGAGUGUAUGCUGAAGCAUCGACCCAAGCAGCAGCAGACGACCUAGCUAAUUCUGUGGUGAGGCUUGUGGAACAAUAUCUUGGAUUUGGCCAUACAUAAGAAUCCUACUCUUCUGUUGAGCUAUGUAGUUUCUGCGAUUUUGCAACCUACUGAUUCUAUACUCUUGCAGAUUCAUAUCUUUAAACAAAUAUUUGACAAUCUUUAACUUGGUUCUUCCGGGAACAAUGAAACACUAUUUUGGAAUAAACCAUGAAACAUUGUUUUGGUGGAAA